AUAAAAUGGCCACCUUUCUCAACCUCCUCGGUCCACCUGAAGUCCACCUUACGCCACCUUUCACCGCACACAACGUAGACACCACCAACCUCACCACUUCUCAAAACCCAAUUAUGGGUUUUGCUGAAAACGAAUCCACCAAAGACCCCAUGGACACUCUGAUCUCUCAGACCACCAACCUCGAUCUCUCUCAGACACCACCGAUGGGCCUAACUGAAAAUCUCUCUGCAACCUUCUUAUCAUCCGGCAAUCCCUGUCUAGACUUCUUCUUCCAUGUUGUCCCAGACACCCCACCACAAGAUCUGAUCGCACGGUUACAAUUGGCCUGGACCCACAACCCGUUGAUUACCCUCAAACUGAUCGGUAAUCUCAGAGGAGUCAGGGGCACAGGAAAGUCGGACAAAGAAGGGUUCUACACGGCGGCGAUUUGGCUCCACAACCACCACCCCAAAACCCUUGCUUGUAACGUGAAAGCUUUCGCCGAUUUUGGGUACUUCAAGGACUUCCUCGAAAUACUUUACCGAAUUCUAAGAGGACCCGAAAUUAGAAAAUUCGAGAAAAAUGAAAGGUUCAAUAAAAAAUCAAGCGCAGUGGUGCGAGGGAAAAGGUUUUGUGGGAAAUUCAAGAGAGGAAUUAAGGAUAAAAUUGCGAAGAAUUUGGAGGAAGUGAAGAACGAAGCAGAGCAGGCUAGGAUUUUGAGGAAGGAAAAAGAGUUUGCCAAUGCUAAAAAGGCCUUAGAGAGGUACAACCUCGAUGUGAAUUAUAGGUUCUUACAUCAUAAGAUCUCGGACUUGUUUGCAGAGCUCUUGAAGGCUGAUGUUGAAAUUUUGAAUUCUGGGAAGCUUACGAAGAUCAGUUUGGCUGCAAAAUGGUGUCCGAACAUUGAUUCUUCUUAUGAUGAGUCCACUUUGAUUUGUGAGAGCAUCGCGAGGAAAUUAUUUCCCAGAGAAUCUUACCCCGAAUAUGAAGGAAUUGAAGAGGCUCACUAUGUUUAUAGGGUCAGAGAUAGGCUGAGAAAACAAGUCCUUGUGCCACUACAUAAGGCCUUGGAAUUGCCUGAAGUGUACAUGAGUGCAAAUCAAUGGAAUUCGCUUCCAUACAAUAGGGUUGCCUCUGUGGCAAUGAAGAAUUACAAAGAGCUUUUCUUGGAACAUGACAAUGAGAGGUUUAAGGAGUAUCUUGAGAAUGUGAAGGAGGGGAAGGCGAAAAUCGCAGCUGGUGCAUUGCUUCCUCAUGAGAUUAUAGCUGCUUUGGGGGAUGAGGAUGGUGGGGAAGUUGCAGAGCUUCAGUGGAAAAGAAUGGUUGAUGAUCUUGGAAAGAAUGGGAAGUUGAGUAAUUGUAUUGCUGUAUGUGAUGUAUCGGGAAGUAUGACGGGGACACCAAUGGAGGUAUCUGUGGCUCUUGGUGUAUUGCUUUCAGAGCUAAGUGAGGAACCAUGGAAGGGAAAAUUAAUAACAUUCAGUGCUGAUCCUGAAAUUCAGAAAGUUGAGGGUAAUACCCUUUUCGCAAAGACUCAAUUUGUGAGAGAUAUGACAUGGGGUAUGAAUACAGAUUUCCAGAAAGUUUUUGAACGGAUUUUGGAUGUUGCUGUUGAAGGGAAGCUGAGUGAAGAACAGAUGAUAAAGAGACUCUUUGUUUUUAGUGAUAUGGAAUUUGAUCAAGCAUCGAAGAAUCCUUGGGAGACAGAUUACCAGGCCAUACAGAGGAAAUUCAGGGAGAAUGGUUACCAAAGUGUGCCGGAAAUUGUGUUUUGGAACCUCAGGGAUUCAAGGUCGACUCCUGUGAUGGCCAGGCAGAGUGGUGUGGCCCUGGUGAGUGGCUUUUCGAAGAAUCUGUUAACUAUUUUCUUGGAGGGUGGUGGAGUUAUCAAUCCAGAGGAAGUCAUGGAGCUUGCUAUUGCUGGUGAAGAGUACAAUAAACUUGCUGUUUAUGACUGAUUAUCAGGGGUUUAAUGCAUAUAAGUUUUGAGUUCUGCAUUAGAGUUUUUUAUUUUGUUUUAUGUUCCCCAGUGCUUUUCAGAUACCAAAUGCUGAUCAUGUUUACAAGUUCAAGCAGUAGUAAGGCAGUUAAGGACACAAAAGUUAUGAAAAAUCAAGUGCAUGCUUUUCAAUAUAAUUCCCAUUUUUGUUUAUAAUUUUGAUAUUUUGCUUAUAUUUUAG